UCAAUUCCCCAUUCCGGGUCGUCCCUGAGAGUGGCUGGGUUUUACGAUUGUUGCAGGGCUUGAGCAACCACGGUUGCAGAAACAACCUCAAGAGUUGCGCUUGUUUGUGUCGCUGUCGCAUACGCCACGGAGUAUGAUGAGGACGGUGAUACAGAUGGGAGCGUUGAGAAAUCGACUUCUUCUGAAAGCUGCCAUGUGGCUAGCGAUGAUUGUUCCAAGCACUCGUAGAUGCGAACAUGAUUAUCGGAAGAGACAGUCGCCAACUUCAACCCAAAACGACGAGGGGCAAAUUCGACUGCACGGACAGUGCCUCUUGUAUCAACCAAUGCGGCCCUUUCCACCCAUCUUGAGGAACCACAUGAAGCAGCCUGAGACCCGGCAUCAGCACCAUUCGUUUGGCAAUCAGUUGUUGAUGCAAAGCUAGUUUGCUCCCAAAUCUUGACUGUACG